UGUUACGUCACUGAUAGUAUUUCGAAGUUAUUCUGGAGCUUCGUACAUAUCUGAACCGGCUUCUGUAGAUUGUGUUUAUUGUUACACAAUAUUGCAAGUGGAAUCAAAAACUGUUGAAAAGUGUCUUAAGAAUUGUGUUUGGAUAUCAGUGAAAGUGGCUUUAUUUAAUAAUUUUACAAAAAUAAACCAUUCCAAAAUGUGUAUUGAUAAAUAUCAACAGGAUAAAUGCAGGAUGAUCAACAGGAGCACUUUGGGUCGAGCUCUGCGGAGGUUACUGAACCACGCCAGGGUGGAAAACCGUCUAGUCAGUGGCUUGAUACCGGCGCUCAACUAUAUGCAGAAAAACACAGAGGAUGUUUUGUUCUGUCUCAUGCCACAUGCCAGCUCAGGAGAUGCCGCUACACACAUGCAGACAGUUUUACUUCAGGCUUUCUGUUAUGAAAACUGUAUACCUGUCAUAGAGGUAGAUUCAGGACAAAAACUGGUAGAACUUUGUGGCACUGCCCAAACAAACAUCAAGUCAGAUUUUCCUUGUGUCAUCAUCACCAAAUACCACGACGGCUCAGACACUUCGUCAGAUUACUCCUCAUCGAGUACAUUGUCCCCGAUAGAGCAGACCUUGACAGAUUUCUAUGAAUGCACCAUUCAGGAAUUCCCAAGGCCGAUCGUUGAACUGCCCGGGUGAGAUGUCCCGUAUUUCGAAAGAAGAUAACCAAGGAUUCAAAUUUGAGCUUUGACACAGCGAUUUCAAAUCCUGAUGAUGUCGUGCUUCCCUGAACUGGCGUUGAAUAUUUUUGGGAUAUGUAUUCAUUGUUAUGAAACAUGCGCCAUAUAUGUUGAAUAAAGUAUAGUUUUAUGGAUUUUGGUCAAGGUAUAAUAUUGUUGGUUCGACCUAAACUUCACGUCAGUUCUUAAGAUUAAUUAAUUAAUCAUUGGUAUAGAUAUGUGAUUUGAAAACUUUGAUACAUUUAUGAAAGAUUGUUUUUAUUGUAUCUACUUUAUAUUAUUGAAUUUGAAGAAGUGAUUGAAUAAUAUUGUUACAAGAAAUUGAAAAUAUAAAUGACGAACACA